CCCCCAGUGCCAAAGGCUGCGGGGGAAUGGCUCUGCCCGGACCUUCCCGCUCCGUUACAGGAUGGAAAUUCCCGGCCUCCCCGGGGAGGGAGCUCGGGCUCCGCUCUCUGAAAGGCUCAUUUAUCGCCGCGCUGCCGCUGAGAGCGGCGGAGACGGGCCCCUGCCCCGCACCAUGCGCCGCGCCCCGCCGGUGCUGCUGGCCCUGCUGAUGCUGCUGGCGGCCCCAGCCGGCUCCGACGGCCCCAGAACGAAGCAGAAGGGGCUUCGCCAGCGGGAGGUGGUGGAUGUGUACAACGGCAUGUGCUUGCAAGGCCCCAGUGGUGUUCCUGGACGGGAUGGAAACCCAGGAACCAACGGGAUCCCUGGAACACCUGGAAUCCCAGGACGGGAUGGGUUGAAGGGAGAGAAGGGGGAGUGUAUGCGCGAGAGCAUUGAGGAACCUUGGACACCCAACUUCAAGCAGUGUUCGUGGAGUGCGCUUAAUUAUGGCAUUGAUCUUGGGAAGAUAGCAGAAUGUACAUUUACGAAGAUGCGCUCGAACAGUGCUCUCCGCGUUCUUUUCAGUGGAUCACUUCGGCUAAAAUGCAAAAAUGCCUGUUGUCAGCGCUGGUACUUCACCUUUAAUGGAGCAGAAUGUGCUGGGCCACUUCCUAUUGAAGCCAUAAUAUAUCUAGAUCAAGGAAGCCCGGAGCUGAAUUCUACUAUUAAUAUACAUCGAACUUCGUCAGUGGAAGGUCUGUGUGAAGGGAUCAAUGCUGGCUUGGUGGAUAUUGCCAUCUGGGUCGGGACUUGCUCAGAUUACCCACGGGGAGAUGCUUCUACUGGAUGGAAUUCAGUCUCCCGAAUCAUCAUUGAAGAACUGCCAAAAUAACUUUCCCUCCUUUUUUAUAUUCUUUCCCUUUUUAUAGAUUUUGUACAAUUUUCUUGAGAAUUUAUUUCUAUAGAGUGGGAUGCAAAUAGGUGACUGAAAGGCACCAAACUCUUGCA